AUGGAGCACAUCGACGGCAAUGUGAUCGACCGCGAUCUCGCGGCUCGCAUGAAAUACAUGCAGUCCUUCCUUGGUUGGGACGCUGCAAAAGAUGGAAAACUCAUUGAAGCUUGCAAACCAGUGCUUGCUCCCAUUGUCACCAAGGUCGUCGACGCCGUCUACGAUCAGCUGCUCAAAUACGACAUCACCGCCGCUUCGUUUGCGCCCAAACAGUCACAAGAGGGCGGUGCCACCGUGGACGCCAGCGUGCGCGACCUCCACGCCAACCAUGAAAACAUCAAAUUCCGCAAGGACUUCCUGAAGGGUUACCUGGUCAGACUGGUCUCGAAUCACGACUGGACUCCCGAGAGCAAAUUCUGGGAGUACAUCGACAUGGUGGGCAAAGUCCACACGGGCUCGACGGAUUCGGGCUUGAAGUCCCGCAAGAACAGACCGGCCCUGUUCGUCGAGUACCGCGAAAUCAACCUCCUACUGGGAUGGGUCGAAAACGCCGUCACCGACAUUGUCAUGGGCGUCGAGGGGUUGGAGCUGCAGACAAAGGUGGACAUUCUGAAGGCCUUCAACAAGUUUUGGUGGAUCCAGAACGACCUCUUUGCAAGGCACUAUAUCCCCAGUCUGAGGGUCCCCCGGAUAGCAGACCUCGAGCGCAUGACCUGGAUUGACAAACUCAAGUAUGAUCCAGUGUUUCCCAUUGUCUCAACGCUUGUGCUUUUGGUCGCCAUCUUCACCUGGAAAUUCUGA